UGAUUUAAAUUCCUUCUUCCUGUAAUCUUCCUGAUCCCAAACGCAGUUCAAUGUAAUAAACGAUUUCAGGCACCAACUCUGUAAUCGCUAAAAAACGCCGUCCUUUCUAAAAUAAGUCUAAUACCUAAUCAUCCAAUAUUUAUCAGAGCUCAAAGCUACUGACCUGCUUUCUAUGUUAGUCAGUAUGUCGGGUACAUAAUUAAUUGGCUUGCCUGCGGAAAAUUCGGAAUAUAUUCCGAAUUCAAUAUCGUUUCGGUAACGUAGAGAUGGCAUGAAUACAGCGUGUACAUAUCUAUCGAACCCUAAGGAGCACGUGUACUUGCAUGCAAAUGUUUCACAGUAUAUCUAUGUAGGUACAUGAAUUCUAAAAUCAAAUCUGAACAUCCACAGCACCCGAGAUUCGACGAGUAUUCAGUGGGAGCACAUAAAAUAUUCAGAUUUGUGUACAAUUUAUGCAUUGAAUUGUCAUUUUUAUAUUAAUAAUAUGUAAGUAUUUUGUAUGAUAUUUUUUUGUUUAUAAUAUGGAUAUAUUUGUGAGUUUGUAAGGAAGAAUGUUUAUAAAUGUACUUACAUAUAACGAAUAAACUCAAAAACUAAUGAACCGAUUCCAAAGUCAAGCUCUUUCCUUGUCAUCACGGAAAUAUUUAAUUAUAUUGUAGUAAAUAUUAAUUAGUGCAUUGCUGCACCCACUUUUCGCCUACCCCGCAAGGGAGUACAUUAGUACAAGGCGUCAGUGUUUGUUUGUUGUUAUAUUAAUUAGUAAAUAUUUUACAGUAUUAUGUUUAUUAAUCAAUUUAUUGACAAUUACAACGCAAUAACAAGAUAGAAGUUUCCACCGUUUCUGGAACUAUGAAUCCGAUUUUCCAGAACUAAUCUUAAUUCAUUCACAGUUUACUGCUGUUGGCUUGUUGGUCCUAAAUAUACAAAUUAACUACGUUAUUAUUGCUGUUGUUAGUUCUAAUAACUCUUAAUAAUAGAUGUCGUAGUUACAGACAUGUCACAACUGUAAACUCGGGUAUAUAACACUAAAAUUUACUAGUCAUAACUUCAAAAGUUCUAAAUUUCUGCCGAGGGACUAGACCGCUAAACGCAGUGUAGCUUGAUGAUGUAGCUUUAAGUUUUUUUAAUGUCACAGUUAAGGCUAUAGACUAAAAUUACCUUUACCCAAUUUUAAAUUAAUACUAGUCACUAUUCUGUAUGCGAAUUGGUAGUCAUUAAAAGAACGUGUCCUUAAUUUUUUUUUGUUGAGGCGCGCGUGGCACCAUGUUACUAAGUUACUGGUAGAUAGGUUCUUUUCAUGUAAUUUCAUGCAACAUCUGUUGCAGUUAAUAAAAUAUUGUAAUUGAUGAUGGUAAAUAUAUCAUCAUACCCUUCCUCUAUAGAUCUAUAUUCUGUGAUAAUAUAGAUCACGAUCAGAACUGGGCUAUAUCUAGGCAUAGCUGUGUAUAAUUAGUUCAAAAUAAGAUUUAUGACAUCGUCUGUAAUAUCCUUUUAUUGUUUCACACUGGGUGUCGUCAUGUUAUUAGUUGGCUGUCAUAACACGAUAGAGCGACGACGGGCGUCCGUCAGCAACUAUAGUUUAUUUGUGUAGAGAGCGCCAUCGCCAUGCGCGCGCGGCCGCCCCAUGCUCUCGCGCCAGUCGCCGCGCGCCGCCCGCCUCGCUCGCGCGCCACGCCGCCGCCGCCGGCAUGAGUGCCACACGUUCCGAUCAAUCACAUAUAUGUGCAACAAUACGAAUAAUUCAUCAACCAUGUCAAAUCAAAGGGACCAUAACGGGAAAAACAAAAAGAGCGAUCGCGCCCUUAAACACUUGCCAACCGACGUGAUACUGAAAGCGAGGACCACGCUAGGGACGCUCCUGAAACCAAAACAUCAGGAUAAUGACCGGCCGAAGUUCUCGCGGAACUCGUCUCGGGACAAGAGCCGGGCGAAGGAGGAGCGCCUGCCGGCGAGCCGCUCGGAGCCGGAGUUCAGCGCGCUGGGCCGCCCGCGCCGCAGCCGCAUCGACGAGUGCGGGCCCGCGCCGCGCCGCCCGCGCCCGCUCUCGCUAGGACCCGACAAACGCUUGUUAGCGGAGCAAGUCGAAGACUUCCAUCGAAGGACAUUUCCUCUGGAGCCAGUCAAUGUUUACAAUUCCGCCGAAGACGUGUGCGUCCCGAGGCAUGAACUUGUUGUUAAUAGUGUUAAAAGUAAUGGCAGCGACGUACAGGUACACGAAAAUGUAGAGAAGCCUCGGAAGAAGCUUUCGUUUCGCGAGCCGGAGAUACUGGACCGCUCGGAGGAACAUGCGCAGGCGCCGGCGCGCACGCACAAGCUGAUGGGCAUCAACAGCCUCUCGCGCCGCCCUCAGAGGAUCUCCUUGCAAGUUGAACCCAUUCCAACCGUCAUUACUGAAGACUCGGAUCUAGAGAGUCAAGCUAUGCGCAUCGUGCGGACGGUGGGGCAGGCAUUCGAAGUGUGCCACAACAUGCAGCGGCAGGAGCGCGAGGCGGCCGAGGCUGCGGAGGCGGCCAGCGUGUCCGCGCGCGGCGACCCCGUGUCCGCACGCGGCGACCACGUGUCCGCGCGAGGCGACCACGUGUCCGCGCGAGGCGACCCGGCGCCCUCCAACACCGGCAGCGACAUCCUGCCUUUCAAAGAGUCGGGAGCGAGUUCGCUACUGGCUCAGGCCGAGGCAGCUGCUGCUGUGGAGACCAAGCCCCCGCCGGAGUUCGAGCUGCUGCCGCCACCCGCAAGGAAGGCCAACCCGAGGCGACCCGCGCAGAGUUCAGCGGCGGGCGUGUCGCUUAGUCUGCCCGAGUGUGUGACGAAGGUGGAGGUGUGUGACACGAGCGGCGACGCGUCCACGCCGCUCACCGCGCAACAUCAGAUGCAACUGUUGCGCGAGCGGCUGGACCAGCAGGCGCAACAGACGCGCGUGGCCGUCGCGCAACUCAUCCUGUUACGCGACCAGCUCGCCGCCGAACAAGCCGCGCGGUGCGAGGCGCAAGCGCGCACGCACCAGCUGCUGGUCCACAACAAGGAGCUGCUGGAGCACAUCUCCGCGCUCGUGGCGCACCUGCAGGAGCGGGACACGACGCGCCGCGUCGACGCGCACCAACUCACGCUGCUGCCACAGUUGUCUUCGUCAGCCAAGAUAGACCGUUGGUUCUCGCUCCUCCCGGGCAGCAUGGCGGCCCUGUCCCGGCCGGAGAGCGGCUUCGUGUCAGGAGUGGAGGACGCCGACGCUGCCACCCUCGCCGAAGCCAGGAACCUCCUGCUCCAGCUCAGCACCAAGAAGAAACGCCGGCUCAUACCGAUACGAUUCUCCAGACGAAAAACUAUAGCUAAUAAACACACACUCUUGUAGGAAAUUUGGAAUGGCGGGUGAAUCACAUUGGUCAUAGGAGAUGACUCCAGAAUACUAUUCACUACCUAUACGUACAGGCGCUUAGUCUUGUAUAGCGAUUUGUAACGGUAGGUAUGAUGAUAGAGGUGUUUGACGAUAAAAGCGAAGGGAAUAGCUAAGAUAGUUAAUUGGGUUAUAAAUACGAACGUAUAGUCGUAUAGUAAGUAAUAAGCAUGUUUAUUUAGUAUUGAUAAUGCGUACAACGACCACUUCAGUUGGUGCUGAAAAUGAAAAUACAUGACUCAUGCGAACCAAAGAUACUUAUUCCACCACCGGUUCUGAAAUAACAUGAGCUCGCAUUGAAUAAUAACGAGAAUCAAAUUAACGAAUAUUUAAUUAGGUAUGUAAGUAUGUAGUGUAAUGAAAUACGACGAACAAACUGUGCAUUUUUAGGCUACGUCUACAAUAUAAUUGAGUAAUUAAUCAUGUACGUAUUAUAGGCUCGCUAGUCCUAUAAUUUGCUAUACUUAACUAUUUAGGUAAAUACAUUCAACAAAAGCGAUAAGUCACCACAAGUCGUCACAAGUGUGCAAACUGUUUCACCCUAAAGUCCAACUCAAAGACACAAUGUGUCUUUGAUUCUAGUUAUAGAUGACUGAUGACAUUGGAUGAUUCGAAUCAUCCAAAGUCAUCUAUCACUCGAAUUUGAGGGUGUUAUGGGUGAAUACUUGUUUGUUUUUCUGUCUGAACAAGCAAAUAAUUUAUCAAUUAUUAAUUAUUGACGAGGAUUUUAACUUUGGUUAGGUUAUGCUCACCUAAACUUAUUUAGUUAUCAACCAAAUACACUCCCGGGCAAUGAAAUAGUUCCACUCACAAAAUUCUGAUUCCAAAAGACCCCAAUUUUUUCAAAGAUUUAAUUUUAAAUUGGAACAAAAUAUUUCCGUUUCUAGUU